AUGAAUUCAGAAAUAUCAACGAAUAACGAUGAUAUCGAUCCACUACUAUCCUUAGAUCAACAACAACAACAAAUACGAAAUCCAAAUCCCAAAAGACGCAAACAUAACCGAGUUCGUACAGGGUGUUUCACCUGUCGUAAACGGAAAAAGAAAUGUGAUGAACAUCAACCUAAUUGCGAAAACUGUAUUCGAAAUAAAUUGAAAUGUCAAUAUCCAUCACAAUGGAAUGAAGCAUUACCGUUGAAUUUCAAACUUGAAACUUUCCAAUAUGAUGAACUAGUGCCUCUUCAUUACAAAAGAAAGAAAAUCUCGACCAAUUUGAAAUCGCAAAAAGUACCCCAAGAUUUAUUUGGUGUAUUUCUCUUGAAUACGUCGUCCCUUGAUGUAUCAAAUUCUAAUCGAAAAAACAACGGGAUACCAGCUAUUGGAGAAACGGUUGAUACCGAAAAUGUUGAGGAAGAAGUAAUUGACACCAAACUAGGAAAUUCAACUAGUUAUGAAAGCGUGGAAAUAAUUACUCAAUCACCAAUAAAGAGCCUGUCAUCAACACCCUCGACAUCCCUCUCAUUAUUGACGCACAAUGAUAAUCAAGCAGCAGAGCAUAAAACAAUUGAGGUUGAUCACCCAGACAAUGCUCUAUCUUGGGUAUUUGCUGGACCAGUGACAAACUUACAUCUAUUUGGCAAAUAUAUUCCUAAUAUUGAGUUAUCUCCACAAGAUGCCGAGUUGUAUGUCCAUUGUGCUCGCGACUUUAUGCAACAGGUUUCUUUACCACAUGCUCAUCCUUCAUUGAGUCCACCAAAUGUAUGGGUCAACUUAGUGUUAGAGUCAUCAAUUUUGAUUGAUGUGUAUUUAAGUUGUGGAGCAACAUAUCUAGCAUGUUUGCAUCAGAACCUGAAAGUUGACCCAUUACACGAACAGUCAUCACAACAGUUGCAAAUAAAUGACAAUGCGCAAUUGUCGCAAAAAUAUCGUGAAUUAUCAGAAAUUAAAUACAAUUUGGCUGUUAAGUCGUUAAUGCUGGCGAUUUCAACCAAUUCAAUUGAUUUGGAUAGUGAUUGGUUAAUGACUGCUGGUUUAAGUUUGUGUUUGCGUGAUCGAGCCAAUGGGUUGAAUGGUUCUCGCUGUACCAAACAUGUUUCAUUUGUCUAUAAUUUAAUCAAACGGCGAAUCGACAAAAAGAGACAAUCUCAAAGUUUAGGGAACGCCCUGCCCUUAUUAUCCCUGAUUACUCCAGUGGAACGAUUGUUGAUCGAUAGCUUUUUAUUCAAUUAUACUUGCUCACUUUUAACUUGUGGUAAGCAAGAUUAUGCCAGUCUUCCUUCGCCAUACUCAUUUUUCCCAGAUAUCGAAAACUGGUUUGAUGCGCCAAUUGUCCAAAAUUGUGAAGUUAAAUGGAUGAAUAAUCCAGUGUUAGGGGCAGCGAGAAAUAGUUUUCAAACAUUGGCGAAAUUAAUAUAUCUAUUGCGUAGUCAUUACGAAUUUGAUGGUGAUGCGGAUGAUAAUUCUCACUACACGAAUGAUGAAACAUUUUGGGAAUUGAUAUUGGCACUAAAUGAUCAAGAAAUAGACCAAGUUGAGAAAGAUAAUGUUUUGAAAUUAAAUCAACUAUUGAAAAUAUUUCCAUUAGGUUCGAAAACAAUGGUAACGUCACAUACUGGAGAACAAUUGUCCUACUCAGUAUUAAGAAGCAACCUUGCUGUCUCGAUAAUUACAAUCCAUGCUUGUAAAAUAUUGGCUGCUAAAUUAAUAAAUCCAAAGAUCCCAGCUUAUUUACCCGAAAUUCAACACCUGGUCUCGAUUAUAUUAGAAGAACUAAGUCUAUACAUUCCUCAAGAUAACUACUCAUCGUCAAUUUGUAUUGCCAGUUUAUUCUUUUGCGGAGUAGCCAUAAUUAACAAGCCUCAACAAGAUUUAUUGUGUUAUAAAUUGUCUAACUUGAAAAAUAAUCUUUCGCAAAUAGUUGCUAACAACUUGAUAUCAAUUUUGAAAAAGUGUUGGGACAGAGAAACAACAGAGCGGGCUAUUUUUGGUGAUAAAUGUUACAAAUGCUUUGAUACAAUAUUUGAUCGAGAAAUCCUCGAAAGUGUCGCCUUUUGA